AUGUCUGCGGAAGUGGCUCAACCUCAAACCGAGGGUCAGAAUGGCUCUGAUAUCUCUGCUCAAAACGGUCCUGCCGCCAUCAACACCCAAGUUGAUGGAGCGGGUGAUGCAGAUUCUCAGACUCCAGCCUCUGCCAACCCGAACUCCCAGCACUCGGCCUCUCUGUACGUCGGCGAACUUGACCCUUCUGUCACCGAGGCCAUGCUUUUCGAGCUCUUCUCCUCUAUCGGCCAGGUUGCCUCUAUCCGUGUCUGCCGCGAUGCAGUCACCCGUCGCUCUCUAGGAUAUGCAUAUGUUAACUACAACAAUAUCGCUGAUGGCGAACGUGCUUUAGAAGAUCUGAACUACACUAUUAUCAAGGGAAGACCAUGCCGAAUCAUGUGGUCUCAGCGAGAUCCUGCUCUCCGAAAGACUGGUCAAGGCAAUGUCUUCAUCAAGAACCUGGACAAUGCCAUUGACAACAAGGCUCUCCAUGAUACCUUCUCCCAGUUUGGCAACAUUCUGUCCUGCAAGGUGGCUCAAGACGAGUUCGGAAACUCCAAGGGUUACGGCUUCGUCCACUACGAGACCGCCGAGGCGGCCAACAAUGCUAUCAAGGCUGUUAAUGGCAUGCUGCUCAACGAUAAGAAAGUCUACGUUGGUCACCACAUCGCUAAACGAGAUCGCCAGAGCAAAUUCGACGAGCUAAAGGCAAACUUCACAAAUCUGUACAUUAAGAACAUCGACGAGUCGGCUACUGAUGAUGAGUUCACAAAGAUGUUCGAAAAGUAUGGCGACAUCAUCUCUGCCACUAUUACCCGCGAUGAUGCAGGCAAGAGCCGUGGCUUCGGCUUCGUCAACUACACUGAUCACGAAGCUGCUGAAAAGGCCGUCGAAGAGCUCAAUGACAUAGAGUUCAAGGGCAAGACUCUAUACGUUGGUCGAGCACAGAAGAAACACGAGCGAGAAGAGGAACUGCGCAAGCAGUAUGAGGCUGCUCGUAUGGAAAAGGCCAACAAGUACCAAGGUGUUAACCUCUACGUCAAGAACCUGGCUGAUGAUGUCGAUGAUGAGAAGUUGAGAGAGCUCUUUUCCGCCUAUGGUACCAUUACCUCGGCCAAAGUCAUGCGCGAUACUACAGACCGACCUCUUUCCCCUGACUCCGACAAAGAGAAGGAGAACAAGAAGGACGAAGACAAGCCUGCUGAGGAAGAGCAGAAGAAAGAUGAUGCAGAGGACAACGAGGACAAGAAGGAGGAUGAAGACGUCAAGGAGAUCAAGAAAGAUGGCAAGACCGUACAGCGAACCUUUGGCAAGUCUAAGGGCUUUGGCUUCGUCUGCUUCAGCAACCCCGAUGAGGCCUCCAAGGCCGUCUCCGAGAUGAACCAGAAGAUGGCCAAUGGCAAGCCACUCUAUGUUGCCCUUGCUCAACGAAAGGACGUCCGAAAGAGCCAGCUUGAGGCCAGCAUUCAAGCCCGAAACACUCUUCGUCAACAGCAGCAGGCUGCUAACGCCGCUAUGAGCGGUGCUUAUCCUCAGAUGAUGUACGGCGUCCCUGGCCAGCAAUUCAUGCCUCCUGGCGCUCAGAGAGGUGUUCCUUUUGCUGGUCAACCAGGCAUGAUGAUGCCAGGUAUGCAAGGUGGACGAGGUGGCCAAUUCCCAGGAGCUGGCUUUCCUCAAGGUGGUCGAGGUAUGCCUCAGGGCCAAAUGCCUCCUAACUUCGGUAUGCCUGGUCAGAUGCCAUUCAUGGGUCAACCUGGUAUGAUGAAUGGUUACAAUCCUCAGAUGAUGCAGGCUCAACUUGGUCGUGGCGCAGGCCGUGGCCAGAUGGGUAUGCAGAUGCCACCGAACAUGCAAAACGUUCGAGGCGGCGGUAACUUCCCACAAGCUGGUCGAGGUGUCUUCCCACAGGCACAAGGUGGCCGUCCAGGUCCUCAAGGUCGAGGUAGCUUCCCGCCAGCCGGCCCUGGUCGUGAUGAAGGUCCUGCUCCUGGUGCUCUCCAAAACCUUUCCGCUAUGCCUGCUGCAAACCAGAAACAAAUGCUUGGUGAGGCUAUCUACCCCAAGAUUGCUGCUAUGCAACCAGAACUUGCUGGCAAGAUUACUGGUAUGCUUCUGGAGAUGGACAAUUCUGAAUUGCUUGGACUUAUCGAUGACGAAGAAGCUCUCCGGGCCAAAGUUCAGGAGGCUCUGAAUGUUUACGACGAAUACAUGAAGCAACAAGCCAACGGCGCAAAAGAGGAAGACAAGAAGGAGAUUGAGGCUCCUGCUGCCUGA